AGAUACAUUUCUGUCCACAAAGAUAAACACACCACAACAUCGCCUCAUUUAUCAUUCACACCUGUUGUCUGUGGUGACAGACCAUGUUUACAAACCAUCCGUCCUCAGGUGCAACCAUGGCCAGUGUAGCGGCUUUGCUUGUUUUGGUCACAAUCACACAGGCGUGAGUACGAAUUCCAUUCCUUUGGUCACAAUCACACAGGCGUGAGUACGAAUUCCAUUCCUUUGGUCACAAUCACACAGGCGUGAGUAUGAAUUCCUUUGGUCACAAUCACACAGGCUUGAGUAUGAAUUCCAUUCCUUUGGUCACAAUCACACAGGCGUGAGUAUGAAUUCCAUUCCUUUGGUCACAAUCGCACAGGCGUGAGUAUGAAUUCCUUUGGUCACAAUCACAUAGGAGUGAGCAUGAAUGCAUUUGGUCGCAAUCACACAGGCAUGAGUAUGAAUGCAUUUGUUUACAAUCACACAGGCGUGAGUAUAAAUGCAUCUCCUUGCGUGAUCUACCCUACAUUCCAACUUAUGGUGAUAUAAUAACUCUGAUGAACGCUCCAAAAAGAGCAAGACUUGGAAUGUGACUUUCUUGGCAUAAGUUUUGUUCUUUUAGUGUUACAUUUCGGUUUAAUUUUUUUUUUAAAUAAAUUUAUAGAAGCACAAUUGUCUUCCGGUUUUAACUGUAAAUAAUAUCGGGGGUGGGGGGUAUGUGCCCCUAAGCAUUUUACCCGAUCUAUUUCUUUUGUUAGUGAAUGAAUGUAUUUAUGCUGAAAGUUUUUUUUUAAUCAGCGAUGUUAAAAAGAAGAUAAUUUUUCAAAACAAAGAAUCAAGCUUCCAACGUCUUUUUGAAGUCUCUCUACCACAGCCAUCCAUUUAGAACUAAAUCUACGCUAAUGGGACUUCGUCUCUCUACCACAGCCAUCCAUUUAUAACUAAGUCUACGCUAGUGGGACUUCGUCCCUCUACCACAGCCAUCCAUUUAGAACUAAGUUUACGCUAGUGGGACUUCGUCCCUCUACCACAGCCAUCCAUUUAGAACUAAGUCUACGCUAGUGGGACUUCGUCCCUCUACCACAGCCAUCCAUUUAGAACUAAGUCUACGCUAGUGGGACUUUGUCCCUCUACCUCAGCCAUCCAUUUAGAACUAAGUCUACGCUAGUGGGGCUUCGUCCCUCUACCAAAGACAUCCAUUUAUAACUAAGUCUACGCUAGUGGGACUUCGUCCCUCUACCACAGCCAUCCAUUUAGAACUAAGUCUACGCUAGUGGGAUUUCUGGUUAUAAGUUGUAUCGAUUGUCUCUCCGCAUUCUUGGCUUAUAUAUACCGAGAAAUUUCCGAGCAGUGAGAGAGAUUUUUGCUAACUUCCCUAGCCCUUUUCGAGACAUGACAUAGAUCUAAUUGUAAGAUGGUUCUCUUUAUGUGUGUAAAUUAAUACUUUUUUUAAAAAAAUAUUUGACAAUUGUUUCUUUUCACUUGAUAUGCUGUACGUAGAUGUAGUGUUUUUUUUUCUGUAUAAUUAAAAUUAUAAUUUUUUAGAAAUAGAAUUGUAUGAUUACCUUGGGAUAUUGUAAGUCUCACUAACUUUGGUUUCAUUUUCUUUGUUUACUGGUUCUCGGUCCUUUGUUACGUAGAGUUCAUUCUUCGAGACAACUCUGAACACAGAUGAAAUGUUCAACCACUUUUACAAAACAACAUUUAGUUUCCUCGGUUCAUAAAAGAAUUGUUGAUAAUAAACCCUUUCAUAUUAACCUCUCUUUUUUUUGUUCGGGAUUUUCUGGCUGGCAAAAUCUUCAGAUGGCUCAUUGACACGCUUCCGGUCAACCUACUGAGCUGAAACUUGGCACACACAGUGUCCUUGAUGAACACAACACAUUCUAUCAAAUAUUCAACCCCAACCCCCACCCCCCAAAAAAUAAUCAGCUUUUCGUGGGGAAGAUGGAGAAAAUAUGACGUCACUGAUUUUACGAAAUAAAAUUCCCGAUAACUGCGAUUUAAAAAUAUCAAAAGUGCGUUAGGUGUGUCAUGUUUUCUUUUGUUGUUUUUUCCUGGAAAAGUUGGUAAAAUAUUUAUGCUGUGAUCAAGUGAGUGGGUCAUUGGAACAUUAACAUUUUUUAAAAAUCAUACAAAAUGCAUUUAAUGAAUUUAUUCGAAAAGCUAUGUUUUUCAAGCCUGUUGAAUUUUUAUAUGAGCUCUGUGUUAUAAAUCAUUUAUUAAGGAAUAUGAGCAAACAAUGAAUUAAUUCUUGUCUGGAACCACUGAAUGGUUUAACUUUACUUCCAAUAUUUCAUUGAGCAUGUAAUCCAAUUAUCCUUUCAGCGCUCGCCAGUAUCCAGAGAGCCACACACAUGAGGCUGUCAGCUUGUUCUCAUCCUGGAGAUUAAAGUACAACAUCACCUACCGUCACGAUGAAGUCUGGCACAGGUAAGAACGUGUACAGUAACAGUACAACAUCACCUGCCGUCAUGAUGAAGUCUGGCACAGGUAAGAACUUGUACAGUAACAGUACAACAUCACCUGCCGUCAUGAUGAAGUCUGGCACAGGUAAGAACUUGUACAGUAACAGUACAACAUCACCUACCCGCAUGAUGAAGUCUGGCACAGGUAAGAACUUGUACAGUAACAGUACAACAUCACCUACCCGCAUGAUGAAGUCUGGCACAGGUAAGAACUUGUACAGUAACAGUACAACAUCACCUACCCGCAUGAUGUUGUACAGUAACAGUACAACAUCCCCUACCCGCAUGAUGAAGUCUGGCACAGGUAAGAACUUGUACAGUAACAGUACAACAUCACCUACCCGCAUGAUGAAGUCUGGCACAGGUAAGAACGUCUACAGUAACAGUACAACAUCACCUGCCGUCAUGAUGAAGUCUGGCACAGGUAAGAACGUGUACAGUAACAGUACAACAUCACCUACCGUCAUGAUGAAGUCUGGCACAGGUAAGAACUUGUACAGUAACAGUACAACAUCACCUACCGGCAUGAUGAAGUCUGGCACAGGUAAGAACUUGUACAGUAACAGUACAACAUCCCCUACCGGCAUGAUGAAGUCUGGCACAGGUAAGAACUUGUACAGUAACAGUACAACAUCCCCUACCCGCAUGAUGAAGUCUGGCACAGGUAAGAACUUCUACAGUAACAGUACAACAUCACCUGCCGUCAUGAUGAAGUCUGGCACAGGUAAGAACGUGUACAGUAACAGUACAACAUCACCUACCCGCAUGAUGAAGUCUGGCACAGGUAAGAACGUGUACAGUAACAGUACAACAUCACCUGCCGUCAUGAUGAAGUCUUGCACAGGUAAGAACGUGUACAGUAACAGUACAACAUCCCCUACCGUCACGAUGAAGUCUGGCACAGGUAAGAACGUGUACAGUAACAGUACAACAUCACGUGCCGUCAUGAUGAAGUCUUGCACAGGUAAGAACGUGUACAGUAACAGUACAACAUCACCUACCGUCACGAUGAAGUCUGGCACAGGUAAAUUGAGACUGAUAGUUAACUCCAAUUAUUCAUUUAGUGUAAGACAACAGGACUGGUGGUUGGUAUAGAUUAAUUUAUGUUCUAGCCAAGAGUUUAUUAGACUUUGUCAUUUAGUUUGAUGUGCCCUAUGUCUCAUGUACAAUAUGUUCACGUACACUAUGUCUCAGGUACAGUGAGUUUCAUGUACAAUAUACAUCAGGUACAAUAUGUUUCAGUUACAAUAUGUUUUAGUAACAAUAUGUUUCAGUUACAAUAUGUUUCAGUUACAAUAUGUUUCAGUUACAAUAUGUUUCAGUAACAUUAUGUUUCAGUUACAAUAUGUUUCAGUAACAAUAUGUUUCAGUUACAAUAUGUUUCAGUUACAAUAUGUUUCAGUAACAAUAUGUUUCAGUAACAAUAUGUUUCAGUAGCAAUAUGUUUCAGUUACAAUAUGUUUCAGUAACAAUAUGUUUCAGUAACAAUAUGUUUCAGUUACAAUAUGUUUCAGUAACAAUAUGUUUCAGUUACAAUAUGUUUCAGUAACAAUAUGUUUCAGUUACAAUAUGUUUCAGUAUAAUAUUUAUUAGUUACACUAUCUUUCCGGUACACUAUCUUCAGAUACAUUGAUUUUCAGGUACAGUGUGUUUUUGGCCAACUUACAAAAAAUAAACGCGUUAAACAGUCGACCUUCCCCAAGUGAUGACGCAGCCAGGUUUGGACUUGGCCCAUUCACUGACCUGACCACAGAAGAGUUCCAUAAGACGGUUCUCAUGCCCUACAGAAAGAUAGAGAAUGGGCCGAGGAGGGUAACUCUUUUUAGUUGAUAUUACUCUAAUCAAAACCAUUUUCUAUCAUAAACCAUUAUUUGUUAUUUCUCUAAAGCUAAACCCUUUUCUAUUACAAAAUUGAAGUUGUUGUCAUGAGUUUGUUCGCAUUAUCUGAAUAAUUUCUGUUAAAUGAUGUAGACAGCAAGACGCUUGGGGGGGGGGGGAACGGGGUUAGGGUAGCUGUCUGAUCUUUUAAUCCAGGUUCAUUUCAUGAGUAAAAUAAUGAGCAGUGACGUAACGAGGAGUGUGUCACCUUAAAGCACGGUAUACAUCUACAUCAACAGGUGCGCGACUACAACAGCACACUGAAAGCAGAUCCAGUUUCUUUUGACUGGACCAACCAGCCUGGAGUGGUCACUCGGGUCAAGGACCAAGGUCGUGUCGGGACAUGCUGGGCAUUUGCUGGGGCCGCCAACGUCGAGGUGAACUAUGACCUUUUGGGGUGAACUAUGACCUUUUGGGGUGAACUAUGAACUUUCGGGGUGAACUAUGACCUUUUUGGGGUGAACUAUGACCUUUUUGGGGUGAACUAUGACCUUUUGGGGUGAACUAUGACCUUUUGGGGUGAACUAUGACCUUUUGGGGUGAACUAUGACCUUUUGGGGUGAACUAUGAACUUUUGGGGUUUGGAUAUCAUUUUAUGGAAAGAAUGAUUUUAAAAAAUUUCUUAGAACAUAAAUUCUGCGGCAAAGCUGUCAUCUGGUACAAUUGUCAUUGAUCUACACGUUGUACAACUGCCAUUAAGUCUACAUCUGGUACAAAACAUUAUUACUUCUAUAUCUGGUACGAUUGUCAUCAAUCUAUACCUUGCACAACUGCCAUUAAGUUUAAAUCUGGUACAAACGUUAUUAAGUCUACAUCUGGUACAACUGUGAUUUAAUAGACAUCAGACAUCAUGUCCUUUGUGGAGCUAAAUUGUAUAAAAUUUAUAACAUUUCAAUGGGGAUGAGUGUUUUCAUUUUAAAUGACUUACCUCACCAUUUAUUUCUUUCAGGAAGCUCUUUUUUUUUUACAAAUGAACCUAGACCUAUUCUUCAGUCAAUUAAAAUUAGCUAAAAGACAUCAUUAUAUGAUUUUUUUUUUAUGAUUCGAGUAGUAGCCUUGACUUGAGCUGGGUUUUGUUAAAAGGACAGGAGAGUUGCUCAAUUCAUCAGCCUCACUCUCUCGUCCGUGCCUAUAGGAUCCAACGGCAAGACUCAGACAAGACGACUGGAAGUAGACCUGCAUGCCGUAGAUGACCAGCAGUGCUUCUUAUGUCUCACUGAGCUUUUCAUGCGUGCCACGUAGCAGGCGUUGUCGGACUUCUAAUUGUGUCAAUGGCAUGCCGCCUACGGGACUCCAUAUCAGAGUUGCCUUCUUUUAGAUGAGUUGACAUCCAAAGUUAACGAGUCCUGUCUACCCGGAGAGCUGGUGUCGUUGAUGCUUGUCUAGGCUGGGUAUUGAACUCCAGUCCAUAAGCUUGGGAUUGACUCGGCCACCCAGCACCCUGUGGUCAUGCAUUAAAAUGUCAAGGUUACAUCGGUCAAGAAAAAAGCCAUUAGAUAUUUUAUGGUCAUGACAAAAGCCAUUAGAAAUUUUAUGGCCAUGGCAAAAGCCAUUAGAAAUUUUAUGGCCAUGACAAAAGCCAUUAGAAAUUUUAUGGCCAUGCCAAGAGCCAUUAGUUUAGACCGCUCGGCCACAAUUUUCUCUGUGCACCUAGCGCACAUCUACAAGAUCAUUGCGUUUUGGUAUACCAGCGUGCAAGAGUCAGCGCGAGUAUACCAGCGUGCAAGAGUCAGCGCGAGUAUACCAGCGUGCAAGAGUCAGCGCGAGUAUACCAGCGUGCAAGAGUCAGAGCGAGUAUACCAGCGUGCAAGAGUCAGAGCGAGUAUACCAGCGUGCAAGAGUCAGCGCGAGUAUACCAGAGUGCAAGAGUCAGCGCGAGUAUACCAGCGUGCAAGAGUCAGCGCAAGUAUACCAGCGUGCAAGAGUCAGCGCGAGUAUACCAGCGUGCAAGAGUCAGCGCGAGUAUACCAGCGUGCAAGAGUCAGAGCAAGUAUACCAGCGUGCAAGAGUCAGCGCGAGUAUACCAGCGUGCAAGAGUCAGAGCAAGUAUACCAGCGUCCAAGAGUUAGCGCGAGUAUGUUCAAAGACGCUAUAGCAAUUGAUAUCGUUUAAUUGGUCAGUGGCAUUGCGGGCUUUUGGCAACUGGUUAAAUGACCGGUCACUUGUUAAUUCACUGGUCACGUGUUAAAUGACCGGUCGCUUGUUAAUUCACUGGUCACGUGUUCAAUGACCGGUCGCUUGUUAAUUCACUGGUCACGUGUUAAAUGACCGGACACGCGUUGUGUGGUCAGGUUGUUAUUUGUUGUUUUUUUUUCUUUGACGUCCAGGGUCUGUGGGCGAUCAAGACAGGAAACCCCAGCGCGGAACUGUCCACUCAAGCACUCAAUGAUUGUGACGGCCUGCACGACGUGAACCUCCAGGCGUUGGCUUGUGGCCCCCUCGGGGCGACCAUGCCAGGCUUCUACGAGUUUGUCAUUGUGAGUUGACGGCAGUGUAGACUGGAGAUGACUCGCGGCAAUCCUAGUCAAGUGUUCAUUUUAAUUAUAUCCAGAUAACACGGUGUUAAAAUUUGCUUACACAGCAAAGUGUUAAUUUUAAAUGUGUUUAUACAACACAGUGUUAAUUUUAAAUGUGUUUAUAUACCACAGUGUUAAUUUUAAAUGUGUUUAUAUAACACAGUGUUCAUUCAAAAUAUUUUUACACAAACAGUGUUAAUUUUUAAAUGUGUUUAUAAUAUUUAUAAAUAUAACAGUGUUAAUUUGAAACGUGCUAUAAUAAUAAGCAUGUUGUGUGUAUGUGUGAGUGUGUGUGUGUGAGUGUGUGUGUGUGAGUAAAAUUUUAUUUCAAAUAUUGGUUUGCAAUUUUGUUUAAAUUGACCAUAAUUAUGUGUGUUAUUUUUAAAAUUGUCUCAUCUGGUUCAAAAAAUCGUUUUAAGAUAAUUGUUGUCUCCAUGAUACGUCUUGGGUUUGAGACAGGAGAUCUUCAAGUGCAUUCUUGUAUUUUACGCGUCAUUAACACACGCUGAGACAUACAUUGCUUGACGUCAUAUUACACCCAUGGAGACAUACAUUGCUUGACGUCAUAUUACACACAUGGAGACAUACAUUGCUUGACGUCAUAUUACACACAUGGAGACAUACAUUGCUUGACGUCAUAUUACACAAUUGGAGACAUACAUUGGUUGAUCUCGUAUUACACACAUGGAGACAUACAUUGGUUGACGUCAUAUUACACACAUGGAGACAUACAUUGGUUGACGUCAUAUUACACACAUGGAGACAUACAUUGCUUGACGUCAUAUUACACACAUGGAGACAUACAUGGGUUGACGUCGUAUUACACACAUGGAGACAUGCAUUGCUUGACGUCAUAUUACACACAUGGAGACAUUACAUUGGUUGACGUCGUAUUACAUACAUGAGACACAUUGGUAGAUGUCAUAUUACACACAUGCAGACAUUACAUUGGUUGACGUCAUAUUACACACAUGGAGACUUACAUUGGUUUAACUUGUCUUUAACAGAGUGAAGGUGGUUUGAUGACAUGGGAAGACUACCCGUACUGUGUUGGAUAUGGAGAGUGCUCCCCAUGCGCUCCCCCUGACUACAGGUAACAUCCAAAACUAUACUUACGGUUCUCAGUCUUUUACUCGCCAAUGGUCACAGGAACAGUGGCGGAGCGAGGCAGGUGCGGGGGGGGGGGGGGCGGACCGCACCGGGUGACACCAUUUUAGGGGGGACACAAGAUUGAAAAAUUGCAUAUUUACAGGGCACCCAUUGCUCGCAAAGAUCGAGAUUCAUAAAAGAAUAACCUCUUACGGUUCUCAGUCUUUUACUCGCCAAUGGUCACAGGAACAGUGGCGGAGCGAGGCAGGUGCGGGGGGGGGGGAGCGGACCGCACCGGGUGACACCAUUUUAGGGGUGGCACAAGAUUGAAAAAUUGCAUAUUUACAGGGCACACAUUGCUCGCAAAGAUCGAGAUUCAUAAAAGAAUAACCGAUCACACAUAUAUUUUUCACAAAUGUAAUCAAUCCAAAUGCGUGCUUGAUUAAAAGUUCAAGGUUGAUGCUAUACUGUGGACUUUUUUUAACAAGGAAAAAAUCGAUCAUAGAAGUUUGGGGGGGGGGGUGACACCAUGAGUUUACUGCACCGGGUGACACCAACCCUAGCUACGCCACUGCACAGGAAACAAACUGGGAAUUUUAUGUUAAUUUAACUAAACAUUUAUUAAAAUUCUACGCUGAGAGGAAACAUUACAAAAAGUAAUGGAAACCACCCAGUAAUAAAGUAAUGGAAAGCACCGAGUGAUAAAGUAAUGGAAAGCAACCAUUGAUAAAGUAAUGGAAAGCAUUCAGUGAUAAAGUAAUACAGAGUGCCAGUUAGAAAAUCAUAGAAAGCACCCAAGAAUGAAAUCAUAGAAAGCACCCAUUAAUAAAGUGAUGGAGAGCAUCCAGUAAUAAGCAAUGUAAAGUACCGUAUCCAGUAAUAAAGCAAUGAAAAGCAUUCAGUAAUAAAGCAAUGGAAAGCCCCCAGUAAUAAAGCAAUGGAAAGCACCCAUUAAUAAAGCAAUGGAACACACUCAGUAAUAAAGUAAGUGAAAGCAACCAUAAAUAAAGCAAUAUAACGAAACCAGUAGAGAUUGUCAUGAAAAUCAGGUCAUCAACUUUAAAUUAUGAAAUGUGCGUGUACAGUAAUGUCCACUUGACUCGUCUGCUAAAAUCAUGUCAAAUAAAUUAUUGUUAGUGCAAUAGAGUUGAUCCAUUUAAAGCAGCUGUUCUCAACCUCUGAGUCGCGACCCCUCUGGGAGUCGAACGGCCAUUACCAAGGGGUCACCCAAGAACAUCGAAAAACAUAUAUUUAUGAAGUAUCAACGAAAAUAAAAUUAUGGUUUGGGGUCACCACAGCAUGAGGGGUUGUAUUAAAGGGUCGCGGCAUUGGGACGGUUGAGAACUGCUGAUUUAAAGCUUCACAAAUGAAGUUUCUUCGCUGGUUAUUUCCCCUUGGACACACGACUCGCAUUUCCAUUUUCGUGGGGUAUACAGGCCCCAUCCCCACUCUCCACCCCAACACCCCACUCUCACUCUCCACCCCCUCCCACACUCUACCCCUACUCUCCAUCCCCCAACCCACGUUCACCCCCACGCCACACCCCAUGCCACACCCAUUUUUCUACCUUUCUUCCACCCUUUUCCACCUAUUUUCCUUAUAUUAAAUGAAAAUGGUUUUGUUAAGGUCUUGCCGAAACUUGUACAAGGCAGAAAAUUUUGAGUAUUCACUAAGUCAUUCAUUAAUCUAAUUUGCAUAAUAAGUUCGUGUACGUCCUUUCCCAGCGCCUACUACUGCGGUGCUGACUGGCCCAUUGCCCCAUGCUCCAAACAGGACAGCUGCAAGGCCAAGUACGACAACACCAAGUUUGUCCCAGGUCUCAAACUCUCCAGUUAUCUGUCGUUCAGCAGCAAUGAGGCCGACCUGCUCAAGGAUUUAGUAGAUGUAGGUCACAAGCUGUUACCACGUGUAAAGAGGAAAGCUAGAAAUUGAAACAAAUGGCAUUGAAAUCUUAAAUAUAGUGGGGGGGGGGAAGAAUUUUUGUAUUGAAAUGACGCUGGCGAUUUUGGGGGAUAAUUGCGAUUUUUAGAAAGCUUCUUUAACUUUGUUUACCGUAACUUUAGAAUUUAUAUUCCCCCCCCAGGGGGGGGGAGAAUUUUUGUAUUGAAAUGACGCUGGCGAUUUUGGGGGAAAAUUGCGAUUUUUUGGGGGCAGACUGGAGAUUUUGUGGGAACUGAAGAUUGUGGGGGAACUGAAGAUUGUGGGGGGGAACUGGAGAUUUUGGGGGAACUGGAGUUUUUGUGGAAGAAAGGAGAUUUUGGGGGAACUGAAGAUUGUGGGGGAACUGGAGAUUUUGGGGAGACUGGAGAUUUUGGGGAGACUGGAGAUAUUUGGGAGGCUGCAGAUAUUUGGGAGACUGGAGAUUUAAGGGGAGACUGGAGAUUUAAGGGGAGACUGGAGAUUUAAGGGGAAACUGGAGAUUUAAGGGGAAACUGGAGAUUUAAGGGGAGACUGGAGAUUUAAGGGGAAACUUGAGAUUUAAGGGGAGACUGGAGAUGUAAGGGGAAACUGGAGAUUUUUAGGGAGGCUAAAAAUGGGCGUGGCCUAAUGGAGAUGUUGUCCAUUUCCGGACAUCCAAUAGUUGGAACAUCAUUAAUUCAACAAGAUUUAGUGACAGUUUGUUGUAUCCAUACUUCAUGUUAGUAUUACGUUUAAGCCCCAAAGCUUUAUAAUAGAGGUUCUCAAGCGAUAGUGUUAUUUAUUUAUUGUUAUCCAUUUAUUUUUAAGUUUCCCCUCCAAUAAAGUUUCUCAAACGUAUAUCUGUAUUUGUUUCAGACCGGCCCACUCGUGGCCGGCAUAGAUGCCGCUGACCUGCAGCACUAUGAGUCUGGCAUCCUGGAGCCGCUCACGUGCAGCGCCGCGAGCCUCAACCACGCGGUGCUGCUGACCGGAUACGGCGCGUCUACGGAAGGAGAGAAAUAUUGGCGCAUCAAGAACUCCUGGGGCACCCAGUGGGGGGAACAGGGCUUUGGGCGUGUACUGCGUGGGUUCGGAGCCUGUGGCAUCAACUCAGAUGUUUCCUCUGCCAUCCUAGGCUGAGGGCUGACUUUGAUCAGGUGCAACGACUGCUUAUCAGAACAUCGUUUUUUCUUAAAAGUAGAAAUUUCAGUGAGAAAUAUGAAAUGACACUGACGAAAUGCUGAUUGUAGCUCCUUGCGUCCUCAAUUUAUUCCUGAAGUAAACGUAUUAUUUUAUCAAACUAGAAACUAAUUCUAAAUGUCAUCUGUCAUGACAUCCAAUCAAACUUAUUAUUUAAUUGUGUAGCGAAAUUGUCGUCCGAUGUAUUUUUCAGUCAUGUGACAGUUCACAUCUUCUAUAAGGUAGGUCAUUAAUGGCACAUAAUAGGUCAUUUCUGUCCACAAAAAAUGGUCAUCUUCGUUAUGCCAGUGGUCCCAUUUUAUCAACGAUGGUUCACUCCUUUGGAAGUGGUGCUGCUGAUCUGUGCAACUAGUCUCUUGGAUGUGUGCGUCGACCUGUGGCCAAAAAAAAGUUCACUGCUCAAUAAAUAUUUGGUGUUGGUUGGUGUUGUUGGUUGGUGUUGUUGGUUGGUGUUGUUGGUUGGUGUUGUUGGUUGGUGUUAAUGUUGUUGUUGGCUGUUGGUUGGUGUUGUUGGUUGGUGUUGAUGGUGUUGGUUGGUGUUGUUGGUUGGCGUUGUUGGUUAGUGUUGAUGGUGUUGUUGGUGUUGUUGGUUGGUGUUAUUUGGUUGAAGUUGUUGGGGUCUUUUUAUAUUUCUGACGUUUGCCAAGCUGUUUUGAACCAACCCAUUGCCUCCCCUAAUUAAGCUUAACAUUGAGACUAAAAUUGAUCCUUCUGAAGUGGGCUGCAGGUAAAGGGAAACAAUUAAUGAAUACAUACACCAACAUUUUUAACAUGUAUAAUUUCCCUUGCAGAUGACCAGUGAGCAUUCAACAUGAAUUGCGUACAUUACGUACGUUGUACAUGAUCAUCUAUGCUAUACAGAAUUAAUAUUUUUUUUGGUCUCCCCUUCAAAAAAAUUAUUUUGAUUUAUUUUAUUUUUUAUUGUGAUUUUAUAUUUUUUUUAUAGACUUCAAAAUUGUACUUUCAUUUUCAGAUUUUCAGGGAGCAUUAGUAUUCUGAUGAAUUCAAUUUAGAAAUAUAUUUUGUAAUUACAAAUAUUAUUCAUG